AUAUUGUUAUGAAAGUAUCUACAAUUUUUUAUCUUUAAAUCAAUAUUGCGACUUGUUUUUAUACGAGAAUCGCUUCACUGAUUCUGUGAAUACAAAAUAUAUGUAACAGAUCAAAUAGUCUGCGGGAGUCUGUAGUCUGUGAUUAUUUAAACGUACGCCAAGGUUAUGGGUAACAUUUGGACGCGCUCGUAUCGUAAUUCAUAAUUCACAUUCGUCAUUCACAACGUUCAUGUACACUGACUAUCGGUUACGUACAGCGAAAUCCCUCCUAUCUAACGAUAACUUUAUAUUGAUAAGCUAUUGUUUUCAUAAAAUACGCUGAGAUCAUCAUAAAGUGCUUAUGAAUUAGAAGUGUCAGAAGUGUUUAUGGAAGAAAAAAACAGUUUUUUUCGCUUUGUGAAGUGAUAAUGCAAACCGUCAGAAGAUCCGCAUCGGUACUAGCGACCGCGAAGCAGUUCAGAAGAUCAGUAGCAGUUAAUAGCUCGUCUGUGGUCACAAAUGAAGAGAGCAGCCUGAAGUCAUGGAUGGAAAUACCAGGACCUUCAUCACUGCCCAUCAUCGGGCAGUUACAUCAUUUUCUGCCUGGAGGUUCUUUAUAUCCGAUCAAAUCCGACGACUUCAUUACAUCAGCUAUGUAUGACCGAUACGGACCCAUCAUACGAAUGGAUGGCUUUUUCGGAUCGCCGUCGAUUGUUAUGCUUUAUGACGCAGAAGCGGCAGCACAGGUGCUUCGCGGUGAAAACUGGAUGCCGAUUCGUCCGGGGUUCACAUCACUUGGGUAUUUUCGAAAUAAAUAUUACAAAAAAAAUGGCGCUGCCCCUGACGCACCUACUGGUCUUAUUUCAGACCACGGCGAGGUAUGGAAGAAAUUCCGAUCGACCGUGAACCCCAUUUUAUUACAACCCAAAACCAUUAAAUUAUACACCAACGCACUUAUAGAAGUAGCAGAGGACAUGAUAAAAAGGAUGAGAUCGAUUCGGAACGAAAAAAACAUGUUAGAGGGUAAUUUCGAUGUCGAGAUGAAUCUAUGGGCGCUAGAGUCCAUCGGUGUAGUAGCUCUUGGUGGUCGUCUCAACUGCUUCGACCCCAACCUUCCGGUAGAAUCGCCUGCCAGGAAACUGAUCCAGAUGGUUCACGACAUAUUCAAAAUCGCUGAUGAACUGGACUUCAAACCGAGUCUUUGGAGAUACAUCUCGACACCAACUUUCAAAAAGGCGAUGAAGUUGUAUGAGGAUCAAAUUAACAUAAGUAAGCACUUUAUCGGAGAGGCCAUUAAAAAGCUUGAAUCCAAAAAGUCUUCAACUGAAGAAAAGGGCGUUUUAGAGAAACUGCUUGAAAUUGAUGAAAAUGUUGCUGUUAUUAUGGCAAGCGAUAUGUUAUUUGCUGGUGUUGAUACGGCCGCUAAUACCAUGACUUCAACUUUAUUUCUACUGGCCAAUAAUCCUGAAAAACAGAAAAAACUAAGAGAAGAGAUACUCGCGGAUAGAGAAAAGCGACCUUACCUCAGAGCCUGUAUAAAGGAGUCAAUGAGAAUGCUGCCCGUAGUUGCUGGCAACAUGAGGCUAACUACCAAGGAGUACAAUAUUUUAGGUUAUAAAAUACCUGAGGGCACAUAUGUGACAUUCAUACACCAAGCUUUAUCCAAAAUGGAAAAACACUUCCCAGAGCCUGAAAAGUACAUACCUGAGAGAUGGAUCACUGACAAAGAAGAUCCACUAUUUCAUGGGAACGCACAUCCCUUCGCUUGGAAUCCAUUUGGAUUUGGAGUUCGAAUGUGCAUAGGUCGACGAAUCGCCGAAUUGGAAAUGGAAACCUUCCUCGCUAAGGUGAUCGAAAACUUCGAGGUGGAAUGGUUCGGACCGCCGCUGGAGUUCCGACCCAGCUCUCUGAACUAUACUAUCGGACCUUAUAAUUUUAUUUUUAAAGAUGCAAAUAAAUAAUUAUAAUUUAAAUAUAUUACAAAUUAAGUGUAACUAAUAUAUAUUAUUAAAUAAAGGACUUGUAUUCACUUA